AUGAAUUCAAACCCGAGGCUCCGAGACCAAUCAAUCUUCCACACACGGACAUCCUACGUGGCACCCCCCACUAACAUUUACAUCCAGAAAAAUCCCACCUCACCCUCCCCAACAAUCACAACCCUCCCUCCGCUUGUCCAAUAUCUUCACACCCCCCCCCCCCACACACCCCCCCCAACCCAAUCUUCCUCUCUUUCCCUCCCUCCCCCUCCCUCCCUCCAUCCCAUUCAUUUCUUAUCCCCCCACUCUCCCUCUUCCCUCUCAAGCAAGCUCCAAUGGCCUCCACAACCACCACUUCACUCUCUCAACUCCCUCCACCAAGCCUUCACCCUCACCACCACACACCACCACAAUCCAUUGUCCCCUCGGAGGCUCUCACUCAAUCUCUCCUCAUCCUCUUCAUCCUCAUCUCUCACUAGCACUAUAACAUUCUCCCUUCUCACCCCAACAAACAAGCUCCACCGCUUCAUCAUCCUCCUCCUUCGACGAGCUUGCCGCCACCUCGCUGCUGCGGACUACCGCAAGGGCAGACGAAGAAACCGCCGCCUCUCAAUCGCCCUCGCGGGCGACUCCGCCAAGAAGCGCGGCUACGUCUUCUUCUGCCGAGCGUCCAAAUUCAUCGACCCCUCCGACCUCCGCGCCAUCGACAGCCUCUGGUUAGCCCACAGCGACGGGAAGUUCGGGUACAGCGUGCAGAAGAGGGUAUGGGAGAAGAAGGCGAGGAGGGACUUCACAAGGUUCUUCAUCAGGGUCGGGUGGAUGAAGAAGCUCGACACAGAGGUUGAGCAGUGGAAUUACAGGAGUUUCCCGACGGAGUUCACGUGGGAGCUGAGGGACGACACGCCCGAGGGGCAUCUGCCGCUGACGAAUGCGCUGAGGGGGACGCAGUUGCUGGCAAGUAUUUUUACGCAUCCGGCGUUUGCAGAGGAGGGAGAGGAGGAGGAAGGGGAGGAGAGCGAUGGUGAGGAGAUGAAGAAGGAGAAGCCAAAGUUAAUGGGAGGGAACAGGACAUUGAAGACUGAUUACUCAUUUUGAGAGAUUUGAGUUUUGUUUGAAGUUGUGUGUGCUUAUUUGUUUUGGUUUAAGGAGCGUUGUUCUAGCAUAUGAGUAUAAUAUAACUGAAAGGAAAAUGAAAAUGCUUUAUGUUCGGUAAGAAAACAGACCUGUCAAAGUUUAUGCA